UGAAUAAUGUAAACGGAUGUUAAAACCCUAAUCGGCAGGUGUCUGUCUGUAAAUUAUUAUGAUAUUAUCUCAACAAUAAUCGAAGGAAGGAGAGGCCUUCGCUUUCCGAUAUCUUCUCUGCUAUCGAAACAGGAUUAUCUCAGGUUCCUUCUGAUCAUGGCCACUAGGCUUAUGUUUGAGAAUUCAUGUGAGGUUGGAGUAUUUUCCAAGCUCACCAAUGCUUAUUGUUUGGUUGCCAUUGGAGGCUCGGAAAGCUUCUACAGCACAUUCGAGACUGAGUUAGCGGAUGUUAUCCCUGUGGUUAAAACUUCCAUUGCAGGCACAAGGAUUAUUGGCCGUCUUUGCGCUGGAAACAAAAAUGGGCUUCUUUUGCCCCACACCACCACUGACCAAGAACUUCAACAUUUGAGAAACAGUCUACCUGAUGGUGUUGUGGUUCAGCGUAUUGAAGAGAGAUUAUCUGCCUUGGGAAAUUGUAUAGCCUGCAAUGACCAUGUUGCUCUGACACACACAGAUCUUGACAGGGAAACAGAGGAAAUGAUUGCAGAUGUUCUUGGUGUAGAAGUUUUUAGGCAGACAAUUGCUGGUAAUAUUCUUGUUGGCAGCUACUGUGCCUUCUCUAAUAGAGGUGGCUUGGUCCAUCCUCAUACAUCUAUUGAAGACUUGGAUGAACUUUCUACCCUCCUACAGGUGCCUUUGGUGGCAGGGACUGUAAACCGUGGCAGUGAAGUGAUAGCUGCUGGCAUGACUGUGAAUGAUUGGACAGCAUUCUGUGGGUCAGAUACUACAGCUACUGAACUCUCUGUUAUUGAGAGUGUUUUCAAACUGAGGGAAGCUCAGCCUAGUGCCAUAGUCGAUGAGAUGAGGAAAUCAUUAAUCGACAGCUAUGUUUAAGUUGUUUAUGUUUUAUUGUGAAAUGUAUUAAUGGUAACCUGAUUUUGUCUUAUAAAGCUGAAGUAAUCAAUAUUCUUAAAGAAUGUUGAUAUUUGGGGAUAAAAUGUUAUGUCCUGAACAGAAGGGAUGAAGUUUUUGAAAUUGGAUUAUUUUGGCAGGUUCUGUAUAAGGCUUAAUGCCAUGCUAUGCUUGAAAUGGGAUUUAAUGGGUGAGACAAGCACUUGCUAACUAUGAACAAUGAGUACUGCGAUGAGACAACAUUCUGCA